UCAAACAUAAGGAAUGUCUCCAAACGUUUUUAAUUUGUUUGUGUUUCUGCCGCUGGUGCUUGUCGGUCAAUGGAACUGCCUCAUUUUAAAUUAAAUCUUCGCCACGCUUAGGAAACAACAACUUCAAGGUUUGUUGCUUGAAAUUACACAUUGGAUCCAGGCAAUGGAAAGCAUUGCAGAGGCCAAGUGAUGGCAGAGAACUUGAACUCGGAGUCGCUGUUAGAUGCGUUUAGUCGUUUCGCGGUCCAUGGAGACACCAUGGCCAGCGGAAAGGAAAUGAACGGGAAGAACUGGGCCAAACUCUGCAAGGAUUGCAAGAUCAUGGAUGGCAAGAACGUCAACGGAACUGACGUUGACAUCGUCUUCUCCAAAGUCAAGCAGAAGUCAUCCCGUGUGAUCACCUUCAAUGAGUUCUUGCAAGCACUGCAGGAGUUAGCGCCAAAGAGGUUCAAGGGCAAAAGCCACGAGGAGGCCAUCACGGCCAUCUACCAGCUGGUAGAGGCCGGAGAGCCCGGCAAAUUUGGAGUCACGAAGCCUGUAAAAGCUGGGGCUGUCGGACGUCUGACGGACACGUCAUUGUACACGGGGUCGCACAAGGAACGCUUUGACGAGAGCGGACGAGGUCGAGGACGCGAGGGCCGAGAGGACAUCGCCAAAGACUCGGGAUAUGUUAGCUCCUACAAAAAUGAAGGGACGUACGAUGCUAAAAUGAGGGAUGAAAAAUGAAUCCACUGCGUACACACAAUCAGGAAGUAUAAGCAGCCUUCAAGUUUGACCCCCGCCUGUUCAAUGGGUGCUACUUCCAAGUGAAAGAAAAUAAAAACCAUAAUUAAAUACUGUA